GGCCCGCCCUGCACGCUAGCAGAGCCUUCGUCUCGCGCGGCGUAGGAGCGCAUGCGUGGUGCCGUCUCGGAGCGUGUGGCCGUGUGCCUGCUGCCAUUUUGUCGGCAGGCGGAGUGUGGUGGUAGCGGUGCUUUGCUGCUGGCGUCCGGUGUCGCGGUGGUGUUAAACUGCCGUGCUAUGAAGGAAGUGGCUUUCGCACGUCGCUUUCGUGCCUACAGAUGCAGAGUUGUGAGCGAGAGGGACUGAGCCUUCUGAUCAGUGUGCCCUGAAAGAAUACGCCAUGUCAGGUAGACAGAAUGGAAUCUCUGACUCCCUCACCAGCCAUAGUUGAUAUGAAUCUGAAGAUAAUUCAUACAGAGUGCAGUCGACAAUCCUUGCUUGUAGCAUUCAAAGGUGAACGCAAGGGAGGGUGUGAACUUGACUACCACAUACUACAACAAGAAAUACAACGUGUAUUCAAAGCAAAGGAUAAUGUUGUCGUUGGUGGAUCUUGUUUUGUGGAAGACAAAGAAGGAAGUUGGUUUAGAGGAAAAGUUUUGGAAAAGAGAGGGAAUUUUUUUAAGACCUUCCUUCUAGACACUGGACAAGUAAUAAUGGUUGAGGAAGCUCAUGUUGCUUCUGCUUGUGAUAAAUUUUUUCAGCUGCCACCAAUGAUAGUUUGGGGGAUUUUUGCAAACAUAGUUCCUCUUGGAGAAAAAUGGGGUCCAAAAGCCAUAAACUAUUUUUCAUCACUGGUGGGAUUGGAGGUCGCAGGUCGUGUGAAAGCUGUUACAUCAUGCCAGAUGUUUAUUGUUGAAGUACCAAAGAUCAUCAGUGAUGUUCUUGAGCUGCAGUUAGGGAAACUUAUUGAUAGAGAUUCCUUUUGUCUUAUUGUAGAAGUGUUAGAAGCAUUUUCCUCACAGUUCAGUACAGUGCCCCAGUUUCUGCAACAGAAAUGUUCAGUCCAGGAGUUGCUUAGUUCUAGUAAUUUUGUGAAACCAUCAGGCUCCUGGUUAUUUUCAGAUGUUCUCUUUCCGAAUCUACCAGCUGACAGUAAAGUAAGUGUAAAAAUAACUACUGCAGAAAGUCCGAGUAAAUUUUACUGCCAGAUACAGAAAUGGCAAAAAGAGCUGGAACAUUUGACGCAGGCUAUGUGUUUGUAUUAUGAAGAUAUCAGCACAAAAUAUAACACACAUUCUGAUAGUUUAGGGCAGUUUUGUGCUGCCAAAAGGAAAAAUGGACAAUGGCAUAGAGGAGUGAUAAGACAGCUGCUACCAGACUUGUCUGUGGAAGUCUGGUUUAUGGAUUUUGGUAACAUUGAGGCUGUGCCAUCUAGUUGUGUUUGGAAGCUUCUAGCAGAGUUCAUGUCGCUGCCAAUGACUUCAUUUCCAUGUGCGCUAUCUUGUUUGGGUAAUCAGGAUAAGGCAGUAAUAAAACAUCAGCUGAAAAAACUUGCACAGGCCUUGAUAGGACAGAAUGCUGUGUGUGUUUGUGUUAAUUCAUUUGAUGCCAUUGAGCACUUGUAUUAUGUUACAUUGCCAGAUGAAGACUUUGGAAUUAAUACUGAGCAUCCAGAAAAGUUGAAUGAAGGAGCUGCCUUAUCUGUCUCGCCUUUGGAAACCAAAAUCACCAGUAUUGGUGUAAGCUGCAAAGCACGUGCUGUGUGCUUUACACACGGUUCUCACAGUUCAUGUGACAGUUUUGCUGAAAAUAGACAGACAAAAAACUGCGUACCUGAAUGGAGUAAGUCUUCGUCAAGUUAUUGCAAACGUGUAGAAAUGCAAAUCAAUUCUAGUCAUGCUGCUUUUGUGGUGUACGUCCUAAACCCAUCCAACUUCUGGAUUCAGCCAUGCGCAUAUCAGAAUGAAUUUCAGGCCUUGACGAAAAAUAUUGCAGGUGUGUAUAACCAAUGUGGAGCUGAGGAAAGAGUCCUUAAAAACCCAGAACCUGGAUGGCUGUGCUGUGCCCGGUAUAGCAAAGAUGGACAUUAUUAUCGGGGUAUUGUCACUGAAGUGCUUGAUGUAAAUGUUACUGUUUAUUUUUUAGAUUUUGGGAAUACAGAUAUAGUACCCUCUUAUGAUGUGAAAACGUUGCUUCCAGAGUUUUCUGAUUUGCCAGCUUUAGCAAUGUGUUGUGAACUUGCUUGCGCUUUUCCUGUAGAUGAUAUAUGGGUUAAAAAGGAAAAUGAUUUCUUCAGAGAAGUUGUAUCUAACAGACUACUGAUGUUUCAGGUCAUUGGAAAGCAGAACAACAAAUACAUUGUUAAUGCAUCCUAUAGAACUGGUUCUCAGGAAUGCAGUGUUGCCACGCUUAUGGUUCAGGCUGGAUUUGCAGACUACUGGGAAAGGAGAUCAGAUUCUGCUCUAAAUGUUUCCAAAAAAUUCCAAGACCAGAAUCACCACAGAUCUAGACAAAAACACGUAAAUGCAAAGUGUACCUCUAGCACUUAUAAAAAUAACAUAUCACAAUAUAGACAGAUAUUUCAAAAGGAAAAAACAUUAAGUAUGCCUGUUGUGCUGGGAAAGACUGUUAUGCUGUCCUCGUUUGGAAAAGAGGUUGUCCCUGAAAGUCAUAAAUCAGAACCUGAGGAAAAAAUACAUUAUAAAGAGUUUGUGUUUAAGCCGGGGGCUGUUUUUGAAGUGGUGUGUUCUUGCAGUGUUUCCCCAGCAGAUUUUUCAUGUCAGUUGCAAAAUAAACUACCAGAGCUAGCUACCUUAAUGAAGCAAAUCCAAACUUACUAUAAAGAACAUACUCAUCCUUACGAAACUGGACAGAUUGCCUGUGUUGUUAAAUGUCCCAAAGAUGGGAAGUGGUACAGAGCAACUGUUGUGCAGCAGGUAUCCUCAAACGAAGUGGAUGUGAUCUUUGUAGAUUAUGGUUAUCGGGAGAGAGUUGUACUUAAUGAUCUUCAAGCUAUUCUUCCAGAUUUCUUAACUCUGGAGAGUCAAGCGUUUCACUGUGCACUUAAAAAUGUACCCUUACAGACUGAUGCAUUUAACUGGCCUGAAGACGUGUGUAGACGUUUUAGAGACUUCAUUUCUGCUUCUGCUGGUCCACUGACUUGCACUGUCUGUGCUCUUGUUCUUCUUAGUCCGAGCAGUUUAUGCAAUAUAGUUGACUUGCAGACUCCAUUUGUUGGUGCAGAGGAGUUUCUCAGGGAAUGUGGUCUCAACCACUCUGACUGUAUUGAAUUUCAAAGACUUGUACCUUUGGGUUCUCUGUACAGUUUUUUCUAUUCAACUUUUAAUAUAAAAAUUGGAAGCGAGGAAGAAGUUUACAUAACUCACAUACAUAGCUUUUCAAAAUUCUAUUGCCAGCUUAAUCGAAACACUGAAACUAUAGAGGCAUUGAUGAAAAAGGCUAAUGAAACAAGUAAACUAUCAGAUCACACAAAAUGUUAUACUAGCAAUAUGCGAUUAUGUAUAGCUAGGUAUUUUGAAGAUGGUCUCUUUUAUAGAGCUUUGGUCUCUCCUAUGAAAUUGACAUCUUACUUGCAUGCUGACUUUGUGGAUUUUGGAAAUAAGCAGAUUACAGAGAGAGACCAGGUGAUGCCUCUUCCAGACUCUGCCACUGACCUAAUAUUCACACCCAUGCAAGCUGUUAAAUGCCGUCUGUCAGAUUUCAGGGAGAAAAAUGUUCCAGCAGGUGUUAUUAGAUGGUUUGAGGAGACUUUCCUUGGUAAACUGCUGAAGGCUGUAGUUGUAUCCAUAGAAUCAAGUGGCCAGAUUGUUGUGGAAUUGUAUGAUGAACAGCUCCGGGUAGGUCAGAAAAUUGAAGAAAAAAUAUUGGAGGAAUCAGCAGUUGUUACAGAUUAUACAGAACAAUUUGCUGGAAGGCACAGAGUGAUGCAUUGCGUGGAAGGUGACAAAGUUGUUAGUGAAAGAAAUGCUAAAAAUUGUGGAAGAAUUAAAUCAAAAAGUAAACGGGCAUGUGAAGUACAUAAGCGUUGCCAGACAGAUACAGGACAGAAUUUUGGAGAUGAAGAGCAAAGUGGUUGUGGCACACAUGAACUGCAUAGUAAGUCCUCAAGACUGUUAAGUUCUGAGGACCGUGAAGAGCCAGUUUUUCAGAAAACUGUCUCUUCUGGUCUGGAACACAGAGAGAAACCUCUGGAUGGAAAGCCUGCUUCUGUAUCACAGUGUCAUCCUUCAGACUUAAACAAAAUAACUAUAAAUGCUCUCUCUGAAUCUUUUACUGAGCGACAAACUAAUACAGGUCAGCAGGGAAGAAGUAAUGAGAAUGUUUCUGAAUUAACUAGUCUUCCUCCACGUGAUAUUCAAGUGAAUUCUGAAGUGGAAGGGUGUAUUUCUCACAUAAAUAGUCUGUCAAGUUUCUACAUUCAGUUUGUAGAGGAUGAAAAAUUAAUAAUUCAACUAGAAGAAGAAUUAAAUGAAAGCGUGGUGAGUACCCAUUGUGAAAAUGGCUUAGGUGAGCUCAGGGAAGGGGAUCUCGUUGUAGCAGAGCGUGCUGCUGACGGUUUUUACUACAGGGCAGUUAUAAAAGCUCUGAAAUCAGGAAACUCCUGUGAGGUUGAGUUCAUUGACUAUGGUAAUACAGCAGUUGUAAGCCCUUCCAAAAUCUGUGGAAUUCAGAGAAAGCUGUUAACUUUUCUGAGGCUCAGCAUUCAUUGUUUCCUUAGCAGAGUAAAAACUGAUGAAAGCUGGACUGAUGAAGGUACUUCCUAUUUCCUUAGCAAAAUAAAUGAUAAGCCGUUCACUUGCAAGUUCAUAGAACAACAUGGAGAGCAGUGGGAGGUGGAUAUAGUUUGGGAUGGGAAGUCUAUGGCAUAUGACCUUCAGCAGAGAAAAGGCAAAACAGGAUUGCAAAACAAACCAGUGCAUAACUGGGAAAGUAUACCACAACAAAUUCAGGUUACAAAUGAUAGCCCUCAAGAUAGGAAGUCUACAGAUGGCCUAGGGGGUGAAAGGGAAAAUCAUGCUGCCAAGAUGAAAAAUAUUUCUGAAACACACUUAGAUAUCCCUUCUCAAGACCUAAAUUCUGAGCGGGUAGAAAGAGCAGAAAUAAUGAAUGUUUCAGUGAGUGGGGAAUUUAAUGUGCAGUUAGUUAGAAAUUUGCAGAUAUUAAAUAAAUUAAAUGUAAUGCUGGUCAAAGAAGCACAAGUAAGUGGUUUGCUUACAGUGGAAAACAUUGAAGAAGGAUUGGAGUGCAUGACAAAAUCUGAAAGGAACUUAAAGUGGUAUCGAUCAAAAGUGAUAAAGAUGUUUAUUAGGGAGAGGUUAAUGCUAGUUUGUUUCAUAGAUUAUGGCAACUAUGAGGUGGUGUCCUUAAAUAAUGCGAAGAUUCUCAGUAAUGAGAUAAAAAGCAUUCCUAAACAGGCUGUGUUCUGUGAAUGGGUUUGGUUUAAAAAACUGAAUAUUCCAUUUGUCCCUGUAGUAAAUGCACUCCUAAAUCGUGAAAUAAGGAUUUUGUUUCUGAGGUACUUGGAAUCCUCUCAUAUCUGGGAAGUAGAAAUUUUAAUCGGGCAAAUUCUGCUUAUUGAGUACUUGAGUCAGCCUUUAAGUCUUUGUCAGACUAUUAGAUUGGAAAAAUCCAGUAAUGCAGACCGUAAGGAACUUGCUAAAUCUUUCAGGAUAAAUUCAAUCACGUGGACACCUCUGCAGAGUGGCAGAAGGUAUCCUGGGUUUGCAACUAUGGUUACUGAUCCUUCAAACUUCUGUGUCCAAUUUGAAGACUUAUUUGAUUGCAUGAAGAAGUUGACUUUGCUGCUCUCUGAUGUUCCUGAGAACUUGCCAGCUUUGCCGGAAGAACUCGUGGCUCCUGGUACCAGCUGCUUGAUCCAGUUUGGACUGGAAGCACAGUGGAACAGGGCAGAGAUUAGUGAAGUGACAAGUCAGUCUGUUGUUCUUAGUUUUGUUGAUUAUGGCUUUCUGAAAAGCAUCCCCUAUUCAGCUAUCCAUCGCCUUAAAGUUAUUCCAGAAGCUCUGUCUUACUUACCACGCAUGGUAUACUCUUGCUCUUUACAUGGUACAGUUCCUGCCGCAGGGGAAUACUGGAGUAAUGAAGCCAAAGUUCUGUUUCAAGAGCUUCUUGGUAAACCAGGUCUGAUGUUUUGUUUUAACCACUAUGGCUCUGGAAUGAGAUUAGAGGUUGAUGUUCUGUAUGAGGAGAGUAAUUUAGCUCAUGCCUUAGUUGCUGCUGGCCAUGCAGUCUACUCUACAAGUGGGUGCAGCCUUAUUCCAGUUGAUAGAACUGAAUCAACCAAACUGCAUUUGCAACCUAAUACAAAUUCUAAUUGUAGUAGAAUUCGUGAACUAGAUUAUAAUUAAGCCAAAAACUUCUUUUUUUUUUUUCUGAUGGAAGUAAAGAAGUGAAACAAAAAAAGAAUCUGAAGCAUGGGACUAUUUGUGAUAAAGCUUCAAAAAUGGGGUCUGAUAGAGUGGGAGCUGAUAUGUCACUAAUAAAGGAUCUGAGUUCAUGUAAGACAAAAAAAAAAAUACGUAUAGACUACACGAUGAAGGAAGCUUUUCGGCAGUGUGAUGACAUUAAAAGUAAAAUUGAUUUCACCUGGAGUACUCCCAGAAGCACUGGCUGAGAUAUGAUUCUGAUAAACCCCAGUCUAUAAUGGCAGUCAUGUGAAAUCAGAAGAGAACUUCAAUACUAAUUGAACUGCAGGUUAAGAAAAAUAACUGCUGCAUAAAAAACCCCUCAACUUUCUAUUUACUUUGUUGAGACUAAACUCAUUGUAGUGCCAAAUAGUACUUGGUUAAAACUUCCAUGUAGAGGCAUUUAAAGAGUUGAUGAAUUGUGGUUUUUGUUUCUGGUUAUCACUCAGUUGUAACAGCACGUCUUGCUUGUCUGUAUGUUUUGAAAGAUCAUCUGGAUACUUAAAUGACAGUUCUAUUUGUGCAGCGUUCAUAUACAGCCUACAUAUUUUUAAAUUUGAUUUUUAGUAAUGUAAAAUAUUCUGGUUUAAUGUGGAUGUGCUUGUACAUCAGUGCUUACCUUGUUGCUACAAAAUGGAGCCUAGUAAUGACUAUGAUUUAAAAUAAAUCUUUUAGAGUAUUCUGAUUUAUGCAAAUUGCAAAUUGGGUUUAUUUGUUAGACUCAGUCUUUUGGUUUCAGUGCAAAGUGAGUCUAGCAUGUAUUUGUAAUUUCUUUUCUGAAGGCCUGAUAACCAAGCUGCUUAAGCUAAAAACUAAAUAGAAAGUAUUUUCAGGAUUAUACAGUACCUGAAAAAUCAGAGGACUUUGGCCAUUGUUGUUAGAGACUUUCAAGAUGGGCACUAUAGAGUUAUGUUACAGUAAAAUGAAGUUACUGGGAUGUCCCGCUAUGGAUCUUGUUCUCAGUCUUAUUUCUUUAGUGAGCACUUACCCUACUCUCAACUUCAGACAUAACAGCACUUUUUUUUUCUUUAAAGGGGGAGACUAUACGUGUGAUCUAGUUGAGAGAAACUUCUCCUUAGAAUACAGAUUUGGGGCCUUAGAUGACUUUCCCAUUUGUUUUUUAGCAAGCGUAAUUCUGAGCAAAAAAAUACUACUUCAGUUUGGUAGAACGCAUCUGGAAACUACUGCUUAUCAUUUAGUGGUAUUCCUUGGUAUAUAUUUUUUUUUGUAAGUUACUUGUUUAUUUAUGACAGUGAUUACUUUUUUUUUUUUACGUAUGUAAGAGUGAUAAAGAACCUGUUAUAUGGAAUGGAAAUGUUUGCAUGUAUAUUGAUGUAUUCAGUGUUCCGCCUUUUGGAUAUGAAUAAAAAAAAAAGCUUACCUUCUGCGUGCAACGUGCCUUGUCUAAGUAAUUCUGAAUUU